AUGCCUCCGCGCAGCCGCCCCGCCUCCGGCUACCAUGGCGUUCGGGCGCGACCGAGCGGCCGCUUCGACGCUGAGAUCCGCUCCGGCGACGAGCGGAUCCGCCUCGGAACUUUUGACACCGCGCACGAGGCGGCGCGGGCGUACGACGCCGUCGCCUGGCGCCUCGGACGCUCCCGCCGGGCUAUGAACUUCCACGAUGUAUGGACGCGGGAGCAGGUAGAGCAGCUUGUGCCGCCGCCGGUCAUCACGCGCAAGCAGCAGCGCCGCCAACGGGAGCUCGAGCAGCGCCUCCUCAUCGCCGAGCGCGACGAGGCCCUACGCCUCGAGUGGGCGCGCCAAUUCCCCGGAGACGUCGCCGCCACGGAGGCCUUCUACACGUAG